AUGUUCACCCGCGCCGCCGCCCGCACCACGACCACUCUGGUCUCCCGCCGUGCUUUCCACGCCACCCGGGCUCGCAUGUCCUCGCCCUACCACUACCCCGAUGGCGCCUACUCCAACCUGCCCUUUAACCCUCACAGCAAGUGGUUCGGCGUCGGCUACUGGGGCUUCAUGGCCACCGGUUUCCUCGCCCCCUUCGGCAUCGCUGUCUACCAAACCUACAAAGCCGACCCUUAA